GCCGGGUGCGGUGGACGUGAUGCCACCAAGACACUUCGUCAGCUUUCAGCCAAACCAGGUGGUGGUGAAGGAUGCGAAUGAGGUGAACUACACCACCGACUCCCGAGCGUCGAUCAAAGAGGAUUGGUUCGUUGGCCCGAGAGUCACCUGGAUCUACUUCCCGGACGCCUAUGAGGUGGUGGUGGACAACUUCAGGUGGCAAGGGUGCAAUCCUGCAUUGCGCAGUGAAGGGCACAAGUGGCAAGGCUUCGCUCGGUUCUGCAUUAGGAAGCCUCCGUUGAUUUUGGAUUUGCGUCAAUGGUUGAAUGCCAGGGCUUUGCUCGAGGAGUUGCGGCGAUCCGCACAGCAGUUGAUGAGCCUCCACUUCCAGGACAAGAACAACUACAAGGUCAAUUGGAACGAGGUCUUUGUCUUGCAGGCUGACGUCACGGACAUGGUGGGCAACUUUCCGCUGAUCAAGCGUCUGGUGACGCCACAGAAGAUGCAGCUGCGCCAGU